GAGAGAGAGACAGGCACAGACAGUGAGAAAGACAGGGAGAGUACACCCUGCUGAGCAGUUAAGUAGUGCUGCAGUGAUAUGAAGUUGAACUGACACGUGCUUACAGAAACACAGAGACACUGACACAGUGAAGGUGAUGGGUUACCUGUGCUGAUUCCCAGAAGCCCUCUUGGACACAGAAAGACUGGCCUGCUGCCGGCGAGGAUGAGGCCCCAAAUGGAGAGGACCAGCCUGGCUCUGUCCCUUCUGCUGCUGGUGAUAUACGUCCCUGGAGAUGCUUGGGGACAAGAGACACACUGUGCUCCAGAGAUUCAAGUAAAGCGCAGUACAACAUAUAAGGCUGUGGCAAAAGAAUCCCUGAAGAUUAUGUGUGCAGUCAAACAUUGUGGCCAAGAGUUCAAUUUCACCUGGUGUAGAUUUCACACUGACAACAACUGCAAACCUGUGGACAAAAUGUACAGCAUCACACAUGGGUGGGAAAAAUCUAAAGAGGAUCCGAACUGGGGUGACAUGUUCCUGCUUUUUGGAAAUAUAAGCUUGGAUGAUGCUGGACAAUACAGAUGUAGCAUCUUCAGUGUCGUAGGCAGCGCUGUGGGUCAUUUUAUUACAGUCAGCUUUUCAGCCACUGAGUCUCUUCAUGGUGGAAAUGGAAGCAACAGCAACACACGCUGCGUCCUCCUCAAAAGGGCAGUACUUAAGCAAGACAUGUCAGCGGAGAAAGAACUCAACACCCAAGGCCCCAGCUGGAUCCCUCACUUUUCCAUCUGUACUAUCGUAGUAGCUGUGGUCAUCACGGUGAUGGUGAUUUCCUUUUUGUGCAUGAAUGGAUGUAAAGGAUUACAAAGAUCAAGAAAUGCGGAUGCAAGCAACUGUCAGUACAAGGUCACAAUGGAUAAGCAUGGGAUAAGCACAGCAAAUCAGACAGCCGUUGACAGGAACAACAGCCAUCCCCAUGAUAACGACAGAGACAGGUGUGAGACUUCCAUAAUAUAUGUGACCCUGAACCACCAGUCAAGACAGGAGGAUUCUGCUCGCACAUCCAUUGUGCUGGAAGAACUCACGGAGUAUGCUACCAUCCGGUUUUCCUGAUCCCAGAUCAGUGCUAGGUUCCGGACAUGCCCAAGACAUAAUUACUAUUAUGUUUAUGACUGUUCACAGCAUGUUUAAGCUGUCCCACCCACCCACUAGGCACCCGCUGCGCCUAGGGCCCCACCUUCUUGCACAGGGCCCCACCUUCUCACCUUCCUUUGACAGUAGAAGAAUCAGAAGGUGCCUAUAUUUUGGAGAGGCCCCCAAAUUUCUUUUUGCCUAGGACCCCCAAAUAUCUGGGAUAAUUCUGUUUAAGAUAUGCUCAUAGCACGAAUGUGAGAUUUUCAUGUCCUUCACAAACAGCCACAAUCCGUUCCUGACAUGAUAAAUGUGUGUUGUUAGCUUGACAUGCAUAUUCAAGAAAUGUUCAUGACCACCACAUGACACGUUAAAUGAAUGUUGGGAUUUUAAAUACUUGUAUUAGUAAACACAUCUCAGAUUGUAUUUGGGAUAAGAGAUUUUUCAGGAUUUUCUUUGGAUUGACAGGACUCAGAAGAUAAUGAUUUUAUGUGAUAAUCUUGCACAUUUUUAUUUAUCUCAGUUUCUGUGUUUUGUUAAAAUAACUUGACCAAGCACAAGUCAAACAUCCUCAAUCAACAAAGCUCUUGUGCAUGAGUGUUCCUGUUUCCAUGCCUGUGUCUGUGUAUCUGUGUUAACGGUGCAAGCGACUGAACCAUUUUGAUUGGUACUUUGUAUCUGUGUAUUUUAACUCCAUUAAAGUGAAAUUAACCACAUUUAAUUCCAAUCGAAUUUGAAAUGGUUACUCUCUAUAAUCCAUAUGAACACUGUCAGUCUGGAAAUGAUUUUAUGAGACAGGUUCAACCAGGGCACGUUUCCACCUGUCCAAUAAGUAGUUUCUGCUUAACAUGCUGGGCUCCUGGAAAAUGCUCAGAAAAAUGUAACUAUCCGCCAUUGUUGUUGGUCCUGAUGUGUCUUUGACAUUCAUUACUGCAUGUGAUGUCACUUCCUGUAUUUUCUGCAAUAGGAGGUUUUAUAAUAAGGAGCUACUGCAUUAUAUAUCCUCUAAAACACUGACUGGUGCUUGUCUGUGGUUUAGGUUUUCCAUGCUUGGCAUAAGGAUGGCAGAUGUGGAGUCAUUCACUUGAAAUUAACCUUGGUUAGGUCUAGGAAUAUUCAGAAAGAUUUUUUUUUAAAUAAUGCAAACACAGAUUUUAGUUUUAAAUCACAUCUUUAUGGGGUGUCACAUGGCAUGGCCUGUAGGGUGCUGACCACAUGCUCAUUACAAGCCGUGAAGUUGGUGGUUUUAUUUCCCUCGCUGUGUGAGAUAUGUUGCAUGUCUCUCACUCUCCAUUCUUACUGUCUCUCUGCACUGUCCCGUCCAAUAAUGCAGAACAGCCUGUAAAAAAAUAUGUCUUUAAAUGUCAGUCGGUAUCUAACUUAAUUCUUUAUGCAGCUCACCCUUUUAAGGAAGAAUAACUUUCUGCUACAGAUAACCCCAAAGUAUCUACUGGGUUUUAGGGGCUGACCGAAUUAAGAAAUGUGCACACAACACAAACACACUCACAUCCUGUAAAACGACAUGACGGGGCUUAUGUGAGUGAGUAUUAACCACUGCAAAGUGUUUUUGAAAGAGGGGCAUGUGGAAGGGUGGGGACGACAGUUUUAGAGCUGGUGGUUGAGAUAACGUUUUUUUUUCCUAUUACGAGAUUGAACCACUAGCAGUGGAAACAAAAAAAAAAACAAACAAAAAAAUCACUUUUACCAUAGAAACAAUAGCAACAUUUCAAUUAAUCUCAUCACUUUUGAGGGUUGUAAACCUCCACACUGACCAUGAAAUAGUUCAGUGCAUUGGCCAAAGAUUAAUCUUUGAGACCAUGGGAUGAAAGGCAGAUGAAGAUUUUUAGUACAGCCGGUCAUUUGACUUCACUUCACUAGUGCCCCCACCCCAGCCAAAGUGAAGCAAGACCACUUUUUCACUCCCAGGAAGUGAAACUGUUUACGGCCUGACUGGAAAGAGCACAUGCACCGUUAACUUGGUUAAACAAAUCUCCAAGAUAGAAGAUUAGCUGUUUAUUACCAGAAGUUCUGCAUUUUACAUUUUGAGACCAAGAAUGCUGAGAAAACUAGAAUUGAACCUUUUAUUGUGUUCUGGAGGGAAAUUUGAUAUGGCAACUCAUCUGCCAAAUUCUAUGUAGAAUUUGAGUCCUUUAAUAAAUGUAUGGAUAGUGUAGACUCUCUGAUGUUAAUAUUCAGUUAUUUAACAGAUCUGUUAUAGAAGUUAAAUUUAAACUGACCGUAAUCUCAAGGUCAUUUUUUUUUCUUUUUUUGUGUUUUUAAAGUUAACAAUGUUGUAUGAAUGUUUUCCACUUGAUGUGUCUGGAAUUGCUUGAACCUGCUCUGUAGACAUUUUAAAUAUUGUAUUUAAUGAAAAGGAUCAAUUUUAUCACCUAAAAAGAGUAUGCAUGGAUGAAAUGUUGCCCUCGAUUGCACAAUAAACCAUACAACUUACUUAAUUCUAUUAAAAUUAAUUAAACACA